CUUAAAAAAAAUGCCUCUAAAUGGGACUCGAACCAGCGGACGUCAGUGUUCUUCUGCAUACUACGCAAACUACGGAGGCACCAUACCGGGAAAGCGCUUCUGGUCUCGAGAGUUCACCGUACCGUCUCCACGGUGACAGCGAUGUCUCGCCAGAUCGGUCAAAUCGGAGGCCCGCCACACGGCGCGAAUAUGGAUAUCCCCUCCACGCCACUGUGCCACAGCCGCUCUUGUGUGUUUGUUUGUGUGAGUGAGUUUGUCUGUGUGAGUGUGAUAGGGAGGUGCGGGUCGCUCAGCUUGACCGCGUGCGGUCCAAGCAAGCCUUCCAGGCAGCCGGAACGUGAAACAGUCAGUUUGUGGACACUUUCAGCCGCGGGCCGUGGUCCGUGGUCGCAGUGUCCGAGGCCCCAGACUUCGCUCGCCUCGAAACCGCCAUGGCGUGGUCUCGGCAGGUCGUGGUGGUCGUCGUGCUCGCCCUGGUCGUCUGCGGCGCCCUGCCUCCGGGAGCCGUGGUGCCCGACGGGGACGCGACGACCACGGCCUCGUCGACCACGGCCUCGACGACCACGGCCUCGUUGACCACGGCCUCGUUGACUACGGCCUCGUCGACCACGGCCUCGUCGACCACGGCCUCGACGACCACGGCCUCGUCGACCACGGCCUCGUUGACCACGGCCUCGUUGACCACGGCCUCGUUGACCACGGCCUCGUCGACCACGGACGUUCUCUCAUCAGCGGGAGCGGUCUUCACGGAGGAGGUCUUCACCGGGCCGGACUCGACCUGGGGACACGGAGCUGCUGGAGGCGCGGCCGUUCUGCCCGAGGGAGCCGUCCCGCGGUUCAACCUCCUCGACGGCGUGCGCCGACACCCGCCCUCCGAGGCGUGCCGGCGAGCCCUCGACGACGUCCUGGAGGCCAGCACGCAGCUCCGGCUGUGGGCCCUCAAGAUGCACUCGUCGUCCGUGAUGCUCCCGGACGCGCUGCUGGCCGCCAACAUGUACUCGCUGGGCGACUUCGACGGCUGCCUGUCGGUGCCCGAGGCAGUGUACUGCCUGCUGGACGUGGAGGUCCGCCCGGCCAGGCAGUCCGGGGCGCCCCCUCUGCCGACGCACCCUGGCGACGAAGUGAGCCCCUUCGAGCCGCCGCACGGCCACAACGCCACCCUCUGGGACCUGCUGCAGACUUCGGGCAACCGGCGGCGGUUCCGGCGCGACCUGCAGCAGUGGGCGGUCUACAUCCCAAUAAUUUUGAGGCGUCAUAGAGCUUAA